AUGGAGUCCAUGGAUUCGAAGUUUCGUUUAGAAGAAGUGCUUACUAGCUAUUACAGAAUCCAAAAAGUGGAUAAAGUAAACUAUGUCCAAUUUGUCCCCAAUAAACCUGAUGCUCAGUGGAGCAUCCAAGCAGAGCUUAUAUUAAGAAAGCAGAAUCCUCAAGUACUGGUAGCCUUAUUUUCAAGAGAAUUGUGGUGCUUUAGUUUGAAUGAUGAUGAUCUCCCUUCUCCCAAACUGGAGAAUCCAACAGAUACACCGCAACCCGACAAACAAGGCCAUUUCACGCCUGAUAUUUCGAAGCCAAAUCUUCCUACUCCGUACGCAAUCUUCCUCAAGGCAUUGAGGAGGACUAUUCAUGUCAAUUUAUGUUUGGAGUCACAGUCGAAGCUAAUACCUUUUGGUAAUUCCUGUUUAUUUCGCCAGUACAAUAAUUCAAACAAGAUUGUCCAUUUUGAACCGCAUCUAUUUGAAAACGGUGAUUUAUGUCUAUCAGUUUGUACAAAAGAUAUGGACAUUACAAAUUUGGAGAUGAGCAAAGUGAAGGGAAUGUUUUCUAAGGAAAAUGCACUGUAUCUCGCUCCCUCCGGCAUCCGAGGCUAUCUUUUCUCAACUGAUCAGAGCAAAUGCUUUUCACCACCACCUAAAAAUGCAAAUGUUCUACUUCUUACUUUAUUAGUAUCACAUGGGAUAGAUUUGACUCAUAAAGAAGAUCUUCGAUGGGUCAAAGUAAUACCUAGCUUAGAUCAUCUGAAUGGUUAUACUCCUUCUAUUGCUGGCUACUUGGACCCGCCUAAAGCAACUAAAACGGUAAUUUGGCCAUAUGACUUAUGUUACGUUCAAAGCUCGCUUGAAGCAAAUAAAAAUAUCUUUCGCUCACCGCAAUUAGAAGCCAACCUGCAAGAGACAUUCGACAUUAUUGAUGACUUCAUUCAGCUAAAACUGACCUCUGCAUUUAGAACAUCUGGUAGUAUUGGUGUGGGUUCUGGGACAGGAACCGCUACAGGAAACAAUCCUACGGGUACUGGAGGAAUCUAUACCGAUCAAUUCCAGCAGUUCCAUAAGCAUUCUGCAAGUAGUGGACAAAAUGUUCUCGUACCCCCCAUGUCCCAAGGACAGACAAAAGGCUCUCCUGGCGGGGCUCUGAAUUUAACACCGGGUGGGACUAGCAGAUCUGUACCGUCUUCCGCAGAUAACUUCAACAAUGGGUUUUUAACAACCCCAAAUAUCAAUGAAAAUGUCGAGUCUACAAUUGAUGAUUUGAUGCUAAAUACUCCUUCAGUGAAAGUUCAAAAUGAUCUGUGGAAUGAACGAAAAGAGGAGACGAACAAUCGUGAGGUUGAUGAGGUCAAACAAUCGAUGAAUUCAGAUGUACCAACCAUUAAUGAUGAAGAGAUAGAUAACGAGACGGAUCUGUUUGGAGAUGAUGAGGAUCUUUUUGGCCAGCAAUCCGAAUCCAAUUCCCCCGAGCAACAUGAAAUUAAAGAGAUUACAGAUGAGAUGUUUGAUUUGGCCAACGAAAGCGAUAGCUCAAACAGUAAACUAAGUCCCGAAAAGCAACCCAGCGCUCCAAACUCUACCCAGACUCCUUCAAAGAGAAAAUAUCUAGACAUUCCACUAGAGGAGAUAACUUUACCAAGCACUCCGUUAUAUACAGAUCCAGGAGCCCCACUUCCUGUUGAGACUCCAAAGGACCGCAAGAAAAGUGUUUUCGCGCCGUUGAAUUUCAACCCUAUAAUAGAGUCCAAUGUUGAUAAUAAAUACAAAAAUGGAGGUAAAUUCUCAAUUGACAACGGGAGAAACGAAGAACCCUUGAAGUUUGAUGUCUCAACGGCAAAUAUCUCCAGCUCAGAAGAUGACGAAAGUGCCAGCAGUGGGGAAGAUUUUGAUGACAUUGGGGUCGACCAUCGUCAAGAUGCUCGCUCGAUUGAUAUGAAUAUACCUAUGUCAAAUUUUACAGUCGAUGGGCAGCCUCGAUCCAUUACAGAAAUGAUUCAGACAGACGUUCCCAAAGAAGAUUCUUUACUUCCGAUGUAUGAAAACGACUUACAUUCGAAGAAACUUAUGAGGGAGAAUCAACUAGAAAUAUGGAGAUCCCCGAAUGAGGGAUCACAAGAAUACAGCCCGUCCAGAUUAUCCUCUCAGUUACAGCCAUCGAGGCAGGCGGACUCAGGCGGUGGCGCUACGGAAACUGGAGAUCUUCUCAAGUAUGGUCACUUGACGCCAUUGUUCGAGCAGCCUUCUAAAUUUACAGCAGUUGGUAAACCUACAAAUGUUGAUAGAGCGCCAGAAGUUAGCAGCGAGACUGUGAAAAAUGGCGGUAGCUCUAAUUCCUCUGACAACUUGAUCCCACCAGAAUCUUCCAAUAGUCUGCCCUUUUUGCUGAGACACAUGCCACUCUUUUCAAUACCCGAAGCGUUCAUGUCUCACAACCCUUCACUACCACGAGAAAAUCUUCAGGCCCUUCUAGAUAUUCUCGUUGAACAAAUAGUAUUCGAUGACGGAAUUUUGGGAGAUUUGGGUAUAAAGGAAGCCCCUUUCAAUGGCUUUAAAGGUUGUAAGGAUGGAUUAGUAAAGGAUACUAUACAAAAAAUAUUUCCUCUAUUUGAACGAUUGCAUGGUAACGAAAUAAUCGAAGAGAUGUAUUUUUUAAAGCAACCACCAGUUUACGUUAAGAAGAAUCAUGACAUUAUCAAGAUUAAUAGCGAUGCCGAAUCAUUUUCUCAAUAUCUACAUUUAAAACCAUUCAAGGGUAUAAAAAACUUCAAAGUGCUAUUUCUGACCACUUCAUUGAAAGAGGACUGCAUUGACUUUCUGUCACUUAUAUCACAAACCUAUUCCAGUCAAGAUUUGGGAUUUUGUGAACUUAUCAAGCUAACCAGUGAAGACACUCAAGGCUUAAUCUACCUGAUAAACUUCGAGAAAGAUAUCUUAUCUCUCCUUUCGGCCCAAAUUGUUUCGUAUUGUUCUACUAAUACCCGGAAUAUGACUAGCGUGCCGUUGGUUAUUCUUUUACCUAUUAAUACGCCCGAGGUGAGCGAAAUUAUAUCAAUGGUGCUCAAGUUUCAGUUUAUUAAGAAUGAAGUUUUAUCAAAACUACCAAAAGCUCAACUAAUUCUAAAGCUUAUUCCCAUGGACUUUAUUAAGAAUCCUUUGACAUCAGUCGAGUCUUAUAACAAUCUAUGCGUUGGAAUUUAUAACAUGUUGCCCCCUAAACAGAUUAAAUUCACUGCAAUCGCAGAUGAGUUGCCAGAGAAAGUUGAAUUUAGAACCCUCCAGCAAUCCAAUGGUCAAGCUGUACAUUUCGAUGGCUAUAUUCACUUAGCUUAUGCAAGGAGCAUAGAUAGAAACUGGCUAUGUGCUUCGUGGUCAAAUUCUACGGGAAGCGAAAACGCAAUAAGGGCCUGGUUUAUUGGAAAUUCUAAAACAGCAUUUGAAGAGGUCUGCAACCAAAUGUGGCGAAUCACCUUAAAUUUUGCUGCGACCAAGUAUGGACGUAUAUGCUUAGUUUUAACCCGCUUGGAUAGCGUCCUACCCGACGAUGAAUUAAUGCAUUGGAGACGACUUUCUGCAAGCGCAAGAAACCUACAUUUGGCGGUUGUUUGUGUUGGAGAGAACACAAAACUGUCUUUAUAUGAUGAAGACAAACUGUAUCCGUCUUUUAAGCCGAUUAUACGGGACGAAAAGUUCUCGAGAAAUAUUGAUAGUAAUAACCUAGAUGACUACGAAAUUGUUAACGUUGACGAUGCGGUGCAUGGUGUUCUUUUCGAGCAUCCAUUACAAUUGGCCAACUCGCAACACAGAUGUGCCAUUAAAACUGGAGCUUUAAUCAAGUUUAAAAUUUCAGAAGGAAAUGAAAUCCUGGACAAGCUUGAUGUUAAUCUCUUAAAUUGUCCUCACUCGGAUUGUGCUAGGCUAUUAAAAAUUAUUCUCCAGGAAUUCAGAAAUCUUGCUGCGUUGAGCUCAUGGUUUGGUAUUACCAAAUCCGAGAAUGGCCAUAUCCCAUGGCACAUAUUGGCAGUAAAGAAGAUGAUCACGUUUAUCGUUCAUGCUAGGGUGGACGCCGAGACCGUCUAA